AUGGACUCUCACUCUUCCCACCUCAACGCGGCCAAUCGUUCGCGCAGCUCUCAGACUCCUUCUCCUUCUCAUUCCGCCUCCGCCUCCGUCACUUCUUCUCUCCACAAACGAAAGCUCGCCGCCACCACUGCAGCGAACGCGGCCGCGUCUGAGGAUCAUGCCCCUCCUUCUACUUCCUUCCCUCCCUCCUCCUUCUCUGCCGAUACUCGCGACGGCGCCUUAACCUCCAACGAUGACCUCGAGAGCAUCUCCGCGCGCGGCGCCGAUACCGACUCAGACCCCGAGGAAUCAGAGGAUGCCGUCGUGGACGAUGACGAGGAUGAAUUUGCUCCUGAACCGGACCAGGACUCUUCCAUCCGCACAUUCACCGCCGCUCGACUCGAUUCCAGCUCAGGAGUCAACGGUUCGAGUCGCGUCACGAAGCUUAAGACGGAGAUCUCAACGGUGAAGCUUGAGAGCUCUGACGGCGGAAAGGAUGGUAGACCAUCUGCGGGUGUGAGUGGAAGCGCGAUCGCGGGGCUGGUGCCCAAAGAUGAGUCUGCAAAGAUACUGACGGAGAAUCUGCAGACUAGCGGGGCAUACAUUGCGAGAGAAGAGGCUCUGAAGAGAGAGGUAGCUUAUCGCUGGAACCUGUAUAUAGUUUCAGAUAUGAAUUAUGUUUUCUUCUGCCAUUAA